AUGGAGGGGAUUGGAACACCUGAAUCACAUGAUAUGGAGGGGAUUGGAACACCUGAAUCACAUGAUAUGGAGGGGAUUGGAGCACCUGAAUCACAUGAUUGGGAGGGGAUUGAAACACCUGGAUCACAUGAUAUGGAGGGGAUCGGAACACCUGAAUCACAGGAUAUGGAGGGGAUUGGAACACCUGGAUCACAUGAUAUGGAGGGGAUUGGAACACCUGAAUCACAUGAUAUGGAGGGGAUUGGAGCACCUGAAUCACAUGAUAUGGGGCAGGGCCAAUACUUGGGGCAAAUAUAGUGUAUUGAGCAGAUCACAAUGAGAAACGCACAGUAAUGCAUCUGAUGAAAGGUGAA